AGUAUGUAGGGUGCUAUGAUUACGGUCUCAUCCGAGUUUCAGAGUGCGAUCGAUUUUCUCUCGGAAAACUCGGAAAAGUCAGGCGCUGAAUCUGCGGAACUUUGCUGGUGGCGGCCGAUUUUCAAAAUAUGUCUUACUAACUUUUUUAAACUCGUGAAAUAAACUUACAUUCUUAAAUAAAAUAAUAAAAAACUUUCACAUUGUGUUUGUGUGAAUAGUAGUGGAAAUGUUGUAGAUGUUGAGUGAAGUGAAUCGGUUUUUCUGGUGAAAAUUUUCCAAAUAUUUUUACAAUGGUCAGAGUAUUUUUCCAACCGCUUAUCCCUCGGAUGAUGUUUUUGCACUUUGUUUUCUUGAUGGAUUAUGUUACAGCCGACAAAGAAGUUCCUCUUGAUCUCAAUGGAGACAAACUUGGUAAACCAAAUAGCAGUGAUUCUGGAACAACUGCAUUUGCUUCUGUUCCCAUUGCCCAAGUUGACGCAGUAGUUGGAGAUCCUGUAUACCUGCCAUGCGAUAUAUCAACAAUGGAACCUGGUGACCAGGUGUUAUUAGUAUUAUGGUAUAGAGAAGACCUAGGAACUCCAAUAUACAGCAUUGAUGCCAGAGAACGGGACUUCGGUAUGGCAGAAAGAUGGUCAGAUGAAAACGUAUUCGCCAAUAGAGCAUAUUUUAUGCCAGAAAAAACACCUGCAGAAUUAGGAGUAGAUCACAUCAGAGAGACUGAUCAAGCUAUGUAUAGAUGCAGAGUCGACUUCAAAAUUGCUCAGACUAAAAACAGUAGGGUCAAUCUCACUGUCAUAAUUCCUCCGCAGAAAAUGACGAUCAUGGACGAAUCCGGCACGGUUCUAACAACGUUCGUGGGUCCUUUUGCUGAAGGGGCUUCCUUUGUGCUUCGAUGCGAUGUUUCUGGAGCGAAACCAUUGCCUAUAGUGUUAUGGUACAGGGACGAUGUACUAGUUAGUAACACUAGUGUAUUUUUGGGAAACAAUGGUGGAGUUUCUCAAGUACGUAGUGAAUUACGUGUUAAUAGGCUGGGUCGUCAUGAUGUAGGUAAACAGCUAACAUGUCAAGCAUCCAACAAUCCCAGGACACCACCAUUGACAUCAUCUCUUAAGAUAGAUAUGAAUUUCGGUCCAUUGGACGUGAAAAUUUUGGGAUCCAAUCAACCCUUGUCAGCUGGAAGACGCUACGAUUUAUUAUGUCAAAGUUCCGGAUCUCGACCUCCCGCUAGUAUAACAUGGUGGAAAAACGGCCAAAGAUUCGAAAGGACAAAUCACACGACUUCAAAUGAUGGCAAUACAACAACAAGUAUCCUUACGUUCAUACCGAAAAAAGAAGACGACGAAAAAUACCUUGCAUGUAAAGCCGAAAAUAAAAUAAUAUCCUCCGUUGUUUUAGAAGAUGGUUGGACAUUGGAAAUACAUUAUACUCCAGAGGCGAAAAUUAUCUUGGGCACUUCCCUGAAUCCCAACACCAUUAGGGAAGGCACUGAUGUUUAUUUUGACUGUAUCCUUAAGGCUCAUCCUGCGGUAUAUAGAGUAGAUUGGAGGCAUAACGGAAAACUUCUAAGCAACAACGUGAAUGCUGGCAUUAUAAUUACAAAUCAAAGCUUAGUUUUACAGGGUGUAUCAAGAUCUACAGCUGGUAACUAUACUUGUGUUGGAUUUAAUACGGAGGGUGACGGAAAGAGCAAUCCGUUCUAUUUAAACGUACUGUAUGCUCCAAGUUGCAAACCGAAUCAAACGAGAAUCUACGGAGUUGCUAAACAAGAAAGAGCGCAAAUCAGUUGUCAAGUUGAUGCAAAUCCUCCAGACGUGGAAUUUAAAUGGACAUUCAACAAUUCCGCCGAUUCAGUGGAUGUCAGUCAGUCAUACAUAGCGCGUAGUGGAACCGCCAGUGUCGUAUCCUACACACCAAUGACUGAACUCGAUUAUGGUACUCUCUUGUGUUACGCAUCGAAUACAAUUGGUGUCCAGAGAACACCUUGUGUGUUUCAUAUCAUAGCAGCUGGUCGGCCAGAUCAAGUUCAUAACUGCACUCUUUUGAAUAUUUCUAUGACAUCUUUUAAUAUAAGAUGUUCUGAAGGAUUCAACGGGGGUCUUCCACAAUCCUUUCUUCUUGAGGUGAGAGAAAGCCAAUCGCAAGAGUUAAUAAAUAACCUUACUUCUCCAGUUGCUCGGUUUUCUGUUACUGGUUUAGCUGCUGGUGUCCUGUACAAUGCAGUAUUAUUUUCUUAUAACGCAAAAGGUCGAAGUGAACCAGCAGUUGUUCAAGCAGCUACUUUGAGGUUACCGGAGAAACAAUUAACAGCAGAAAAAGAAAGCAGUCGUUCCGGUAGUUUUCAUUUUACGCCAAUGAUGAGCAUCCUGAUAGGCGUAGUAUCCGCUCUGUUGAUUGUUGCCUUAGUGGUCAUAAUGGUAUUGCGUAUGCAAUGCACUCAUCACAACGAUAUCCGGUUAAAAGGGCACAAGAACAUCGUGGUAGCGGUCAGCAGGAGUAAUCUGGAACACAGAGGAUCGGGGAGUUUACCAACCCUUAGCGACAAAGGUGGAGGGAGUCCAAUAUCUAAACACGACUCUAGCGCUGGUGAAUGCGAUAGUGAUGAAAAGAAUCCUGACAUAAUACCCCAGUCACUAGAUGAAGAUGAAAGUACUGAUUAUUCAAGAAAAAGACAACACGUCUCCACUAUAGAAACAUCUCCAAAUCGUACUUUACAACAUCAACCUGGAAAUUCAAACUAUAUGGGAUUCUGUACUCUGAGAAACGGCAUACCGUCUCAUGAUUUAUCGGCUCAACAAAAAUUGCUACCUGGACCUCCACAAAUGAUGAGUCCAUUUGCAUCUUGUACCCUGCCACGUCAACCGCCACAACAGUGGCUCUACGGUCCAAUGAGUCAUUUACCCCCAGGUAUGUAUCCAGUGGCAUAUCGAAGCGGACCACACCAAUCGCAACGAUCCCAUCCACAAUCAAGAGAACCCCCUAUAGCACUACAACCACUUUCUACAACUGAAGAGGAGCCUUCAGCUGAAACGCCUUUAGUGCCAAAUAAAAAGGAAAGCACUGUUUGACAAAUCUCUCCGUUCUAAUCAUUAUCAGCAUGCAGUACAAUAAGACAGGGUUUCUCUAAAUAUAAAAAUAUCGAUUUUUUGGUGUAAUGUGACUUUUUCCAAUCUGAACUGAGUGUUAAUAAUAAGGUUAGAAGAUUGAGAUAUGUAAGAUGUAUAUCAAAUAAAACUAGUUGGAUUCAUUAUUAUUGUGAGACAUUUUUCAAUUAUAAAACAAAAAUAGGAGCAUCGACAGAAUAUUCCAAUAUGUAUCAGAGUUUUAAUUCAUAUGAUCAAAAGUUGAGUUACAUUUCAAAUUAUAUGACAGUUUCUGAAUAAUAAUAAAAAAAUAUAUCCAGAAUAUUAAUGCGUUAAUUUCGAACAGAAAGUGAUUCAAUUUAAAAUUAAAACAGAAAGAAAUAGUGAAAUGCCUUUAAGUCCUGUCUAUUUUUUUGACAAUAAAUGCACUGUAAUGAUAAAAUACUCGAUAGAAAAAAAUUUUGUACAUUGAAUCUACUUUUCGAUAACAUAUUCAGGAAUAUUGUCUCACUCUUAUAUUUCACAAUUGAUAUAAAGUUAUAUAAAUCUUAUAGAUUGUCGUGUAUUUUUAUUAUCAUGUUGGAAAGUCUGAAUUAUUGCUUCUAUACUUACCAUAGAAAUCAGACCACUUAACUUUUGACUUUAACUUUAACUAUUUAAAAAAAGAAAAUUUAAUAUGCUUUAAUGUGAGCAUAAAUUUAUGAAAGCUUACGAGUAUUUCGACAUAAAUAGGGUUAUUGACAAUUUAAAACUUAACACUUAAUUUCUCAAUAAUGGGUAUGACCUCCUCUUGCCUAAUAACAGCUCUCAAGCGAUUAGGCAUAGAUCUAAUCAAGUUAGCUAUUGUUUCUUGUAGGAUGUUAAGCAACAAUAAGCUCUGAUCGAGUUUGGGGUAGAACAUCUAGCUCAUCCCAUGAAUGUUCUAUCUUCUGCGACCAAUCCAUAACCCGAAAACCGACUUCUGCACGAUUCUGGUACAAAAAGGUAAAUUUGUCUCCAAUGUAGUCGACGUAAGGUACCACUUGAAUUGCUAAAAUCUCCAAUGAACACCGGGUCCUAUAGAAAUUGCACCCCAGAUCAUGCAGAAACCACCUCCAUAAGCACUCCGCUCUCCAAAGCAGCAAUCUGCAAAUCGCUCUCUUGAUCUUCGGUACACUUUCCUUCUUCGGUCGCUACCAAGGAGGCAUAUUCUGGUCUCAUCUGAGAACAGAAUAGAUCCCCAUUGUUCCAAAAUCCAAGGUAUUUUAUUGUCAGGUUAUUUUCCUGCAGUCUCUGUUUUGCUGUCCACUGACUAAUCGCACCUCACCCCACGGAGCUGUCGUUGCCCUUGAACGGCAUUAGGUGACGAUUUCUUAAUGUUAUUGACACAAUAAAGCGGUCAUCACGAGCAGUUGUAAAUCGUCUUCCAGGUGGCCUAUGAAAGUAUAUAGUCCUCAUAACGCUGACACACUCUUCAAACCGCUGCGUGGGUCAAAUCCAAUUUUCUAGCAACAUCUCCUUGGGCGGCUUUUUGUGGUGUAGUAACACACUUGACCACUAUUGAGUUUAUAAAAAACGAAUAAUAUGCAACUUAAAAAAAAUGGUGAUACUGUUCUUUUAUACUAAUGUUGACGGUGUUCUUAUACAGAUUCCUAAUUACCUUAGUUGGAAACAUCCAGUUUAAUUUCACAAUUAAAUUAAGUAAAGUAAUAUAAUCGAUAUCAGAACAAAGUAUUUUACACCUUGUUCAUUUAAUUUGUCAGCCAGUUUAAUAUAGACGCGAAAAUUAUCCCCAGUGUUAAGGGUCUGAAGUUGUUCUAUAUUUGUAUAGAAAGACUUUGUAACCAAAGUACGUAUACAUUAAAAUUAGUUUUACUUGAUAUGCAUACUGUUUCGUAACAAAAUGUAUUUGAUUCUAUAGACUAGAAAUAGAUGCUAUUUAUAUAUUUGUUCACUUAAAUAUAUUCUCAUGUGUAGAUUAUUCUUAGAAUAAUUUCAUGAUUAUAAAAAUUUUAAACAUCUGACAAUCAAAUAAGUCUUAAUUUAAUCCUUAUAUGCAAAUAUUAUAUCCCUAUAUAACAAUAUUAAAUGGAAUAAUUACUUUUUCAAUUCUUUUUAAGUAUGUGAAAAAUUUUCAGGAUAACAAUUAAAAAAUCAGUUAUUAAGGAAAUGCACGUAAAUGGCAUCUAUUUUUCACCUCUCUAAACCCCAAUGUACCAACAAUACUGUUAAAUUACUUCUAAUCAAGUUUAUAAUUGUUUCAAAAAUCAUUCCCCUAGUAAGCUUGAAGUGAUGUCAAUGCAACUAUUCCAGAAGAUGAUUAAAAUCUUCAUUUGUAUAUAUAGAAAAAAGGUGUUAACAUAUCUAUUUCCCCUUAAUGUAAAUAUUAACCAAUAUAAAAAAUCACGACCGCAUGAAGGUAGUAAUCCAGAUAACAUUUUUUUCUACAUUAUUUUGUCUUAUUCCAGGAAAUAGGUGCAAUAUAUCAACCUAUUAUAAUUCUCAAGAUGAAAUUGUACAAAUUUUUUGCAAAGAAUCAUAAAAAAUUUAGUGAUAGCCAAUGAUUUGUCAAUAUUUUGAACUUUUAUGUGCUCCACAAUUGAAUAUAAUCAUUUUCCAAUCGAAAUUAUUUGAAAAAAAAUAUUAAAAAAAACUAGAUAAUAAAAUAACACCAAUAUCAAUUGUACCAUACUAUUUACACUGUCUUGAAUAUUUCGAUACUCCUUCCUGGUAAACAAAAUAUAGGUAGUUCAAUGUUUCCCGAAACUUUCAUAAUAGUUGCAGAGAAAAUAGACAUUCGUCAACUUUGUGAAUAAAUAUAAACAAACUCAAAUUUGUAAAAUAUAUCGACAUACGAAAAAAUACUGCAAAUUUAUAUCUUCCUCUUAUAAUAGCUUUUUAAAACUUUGUGAAUAUAUAAUGAAUGCAUCAACUAGAAAAAAAUCCUGAACAUGUUCUGUGAUCAGAAUCAUGCGCAGUUUGAAUAAACUACGUUCGGGAUUUAAAAUUUUGUAUUCGUGGAGCACAGACUUCUAAUUCCGAACGUGUUCCGAAUACGUCCAAUGCAUCAUUGUAUCUUGUAUCUUCAACUUGCGAUUUUUUCCACGAACUAUUCCCUAGCCUGUUUUUCUAUCUACUUGUAAUCAAAUAGGCGUGGUUAUUGACUAUUACGUACAAAUAUCAAGAAUAAAUCUUCGCCUAGUUAAUUGUUCAGUAAGGUGAAUAUUCUAUACAUUUUAUUCUCUUAGCUAGUUUGGAAUCCAAAUUAUAAUCUGAGAUGCUCGAUUCCUUUGAAUCUAGUGACAUGGAUUUGAAGCAAAGCAAGCUAACAACAAUAGGGUAUCUUGCGAUAUUAAAUAUCACUGAAAGUUUAGACAUGCCACAGAGCAUUAGAAUAUCAAACUAUAAGUUCAUAAAUCGGAUCCAUAAUAAAUCAUUCGUGGAGGAAUGCAUGUUCAGAACAUAUUCUAAACAAAGCAUGCACAUUUGAAACGUUCAGAAGACAUUCAGAAUGUGUUCAAAUUAACUGCCACGAACAAAACUAAUAGUAUGGAGGGUAAAUAGAAUGAGGAAAUCUGUGUACAUUAAAUUGUCCGUAAAUUUCAAAGGAAGCGCCAAAUAUUACUAACGCCAUGGAAAACACUUUUGUAACGACGCAAGUUUUUGAAAUCUCAAUAAUGAACUUUAUGAUAUUCACUCGGCAUACUUUAAUUCAUCAAGUACGGGUGAUUAAUAACUUUUAAGGUUACAAAAUGCAGAGACAAAUGAAAUAAACCGUUAGCUGGUAGCAUUUACCUACGAUAUACUAAAGUGGAAAGGAUACUAUCAAAUACCUACGACCUAAUUACUUCGUCCGAAUUACUUUCCGAAGAUUCAGAUGAUGAGGUUAAAGCAAUCAUCAAUACCAAAGAGACAGAUGAUUAUAAAAGACCUCAAUGUUUUAAGGACUCUUCCACCAAUAAGAAGGUCUGUCUAAACAACUCUGUCAGACUGUCUUUGGACAUCACAAAUUACACGAUAUUUCCUCAUUUUAAAGGAAAAUGUGACCAAACAACAUAAUAAUGAAUGAUGUGGCUUCUUCCAUGUGAACCUCACAUACAGGUGAAUAAAAUGUGAGUAGGUUGUUAAGUUUGGAAAAAAUUUUAAGCACAGCAUGAGAAACGGAUCCAAAAAUUUAUUAAAGCGGAGCAAUAUAUUAACUCAAAAGAAGAAAUAUAAACUUGACUUAGUAUGAUCAGUGUUCUUCCCAAUGUUAUCAAGACGAAAACUUUUAUAGGAUGGCUAUACGCUUGCUAUAAUUUGUGUCGUCACAAAAUUGAGUUGUGUGGUGUUAAUGAAAGUAGACUAUCCUAUUCCUUGUGGGAGAAUCCUUGGUUUUUAUCAACGACUGUCAAAAAAAACCAAAAUGUUUCCCUCUCUUGUUUUAGUUUGAUGUUUACAAAUUAAUAUUUCAAUUUCAUAGCCGUACUUAUAUUUUUUUAAACAUUAGAGCAUUAUUAAAUACUGCUUUUUGGAACUAUUCUUUAUAAUUUGAAACAAAAAUAUAACUAUUAUCCGCUUGGAAAGAUCCCUUGCCCAAUUAUCCAAAUAUUCCACAUGGAAAGCAUUGAAAAAUGUUAUCUGAAUUCAGAAAUUAGAACAUUUGAAUUAUAUACUACAAAUUGUACUAUCCAUUGUUUGUAAAUAUAAUUUGUUACAUAUUUUAAAGGAGAGAGGAUUAUACAAUUUCAUGUGAUUUGAAUAUAAUUUGUUUGUAAAAAUGUGUGAUUUGUAGAUGCAACUUUUUUUCAUAUUAAUAUUGCCACCCUUAAGCUAUAUCUAAAGCAUUAAACAAUUGUUUCUAUUCAAUCUUUCAAUCAAGCGUUGAUUAGUAACUCAGACACGUAAUCUACUAACUAGAAUAAGUGUGCCUUGUUAGUAUAAUUUAUUUAGAUAUAUGAGUUUUUCGAUAAAAAGUUGCAUUUUUAAGCACAGAAUUGUAAAAAUGUAUAUAUUGUAUAUAUUAUUACGUUUUAUAUAUAUCAAAAAAUACUCUGUUACUGAACAAAUUAAUUGUGGACA